UCCCGCUCUCUAGCUGCCGCUCAGCGAGCUUUGCGCACACACGGGGCUUUGCGCAUCUGGUCGUCAUCAGCAGCAGCAGCAGCUCUUCCUGCUCAGAUGUGACUCAACCAGAGUGGGAAGAGAAGCUUCUUCUCACAGGACCUCUUGUGUAAAACCCUCCUCGGACGUCGGUUCUCGGGCAGCAGGACGCCGCCGCCGCCGCCGCGCACCGCUGGAUGGAUUGGCUGUUUAACUUCUUUUAACUGGAAAAAACGAGGCGAGGAGAAAAGUUUGCUCAAGUUUGUUUGCGCCCUCCGCGCUGAUCUGGAUGCGAACAGAUCCGCGUUGUAGCUCGGAAGAACCCGGGUCUGUCUCUGGCCGCUUUCUGGAGGCUUUCCGUGCAGAGGAUCUUGGUUGUUCCGCGGUUCUUCCUCUCAGAUCGCCGCUCCGCUCUUUUCCCGCAGUUCCCCACUUGCGUCAUGACUUCUAGCUAUGCACAUGUAAUGGACAGGCAAGCCUCGAUAUCAAACCGCCUGGAGAGUCCGAUCACGUCGAACCUGGACAACCUGCAAGCCAAGAAGAACUUCUCGGUCAGCCACCUGUUGGAUCUGGAAGAGGCCGGGGAAAUGGUGGGCUCCCAGGCGGACGAGAGCGUCGGGGAGGCGGGGAGGAGUAUGCUGGAGUCCCCGGGGCUGACCAGCGGGAGCGACACGACCCAGCAGGAGAAUGAACAAAUGAACACGGAGGAGAAGAAGAAGAGGAAGCAGCGCAGGAACAGGACCACCUUCAACAGCAGCCAGCUCCAGGCUCUGGAGAGGGUGUUCGAGAGGACACACUACCCCGACGCCUUCGUCAGGGAGGACCUGGCCCGCCGGGUCAACCUCACCGAGGCCAGAGUCCAGGUUUGGUUCCAGAACCGGAGAGCCAAGUUCCGCAGGAACGAGCGCGCCAUGCUGGCCAGCAAAAACGCCUCGCUCCUCAAAUCGUACUCAGGAGACGUGACGGCUGUGGAGCAGCCAAUCGUACCGCGCCCUGCACCGCGCCCCAACGACUACCUGUCCUGGGGCAGCGCUGCCCCCUACAG